CCUUCGUCCUCCUCCCCUUUCUGUACGCCUAUGCUCCUUGGAGCGAUGCGCGCGCUGGCUAGUGGCGAGCGAUUCCCCGCUCGCCCUUCAGUACUCUUGCGCCGGCAAGGCGUUACCUAGGUCAGGCCUAUGGCAAGACCCGAAAUAUCAAUUUUCUUCCCUUCAGGGGGAAAAUUGUUCUAUUUCGGCUCUGUGCCUACGGCCUGACCGUUGAGAAGUGUUUACAAUCUGCCGGCGCGCCACGGUGUUAGAAAGCGUACUGUGACAUGUGUUUGAAGAAAUUGCUUGAUCCCUGCCAAUUUCCUUUCUGCAAAACCUCAUCCAAUGGCAUGUUAUCAUUGAAGCGGGAUGUUGCCACUGCCGAGCGGGUACUGCCGGCUCCUCCUUCUACAUAUAUACCUGCCGAUUUCAACGCUGUGCGGACCCAUCCUGCUAUCACUGACCGAGAUGCCGGUCCUAUCUUCCCACGAGUUGUGACGAAUAGUUGA